AUGGGCAUAUUUCAACAAUCUUCUCGGGCAGCGCCCACCUCUCAGGUAUCGGUGGCUAGACAACAUGGUAUCCAUUGGCCACUUUUCGCUUCCAGCGCCCUGCUCUGCGCUCUUUCCAUCGUCGUUUUCAGUUUGGUCAGUUCCAUGGUAGCAUGGCUGCUGGACCAGAAGCAUCAUGUGCACAUAUAUCAAGUGGACUGGCCUGGAAAUCCCACCCAAAUCAACGUUGAGCCCAAGAAUCUGUGGACCGACCAAGGGCAUGAAAGCAACGGCCUAGCAGUGUAUGGAUUCUUCUUGAGCAUCUUUGGCAUGUUGACGGCAUGGAGGAUGAGGAAGGCUGGCCAGGCCCCAAGGAGCCUUACUGCUCUCACCACCUUGCUGCUGAUCGGUACCAUGUUCAGCCUAUCAGCCUUCAUCUUCGUCUUCGUAGUCACAUACCAGACGACUGGCCAGCGGAUCCGCGAGCCCAUCACCAUCAACGCAGUCGGCCUCAACUACCCGGCUGAGAAAUGGACACCUGAGACGUGGUUCAGGGCUAUGCUCGAUCUUCCCCUAGCCGAUGGAGCGCAACAUAGUCAAAUCAAACGCAGGACACACGAACACAACUGCACCUACACCUGCACCUUCACAUACGCGCGCCUUCUCCUUCUCUCUCUCUCUCGGACAAGAGGCUACGCCAUGGGCUGGCUCACCUACCUCGCCAUGCCCGCCGUGCUUGUUAUAGCCAUGCGCCUGCUCUCGCUCGUGCUGCCCGCGAAGCCCGCCCAGCUGGUGUCAUACUACGCCUUCGCAAUAAGCUCCUUUACACUCAUGUUGAGCUGCGCCCUGUACGGCACACUUGUGGCUAUACCUCUGCGCAUGGUGGGCUAUGGUGGACUCAUUCAAUGGACGGUUGCGCGAGCGUUCAAGUGGUGCAUGUGGUUGGGCACUGGCGUGACGUUCCGAGUGACCGGGAGCAUGAAGAAAGAGGGAGGUCUUAGUGGAGAAGACGCCCUCAAGGACCGUCCAGCAGUAUUCGUGGGCAAUCAUCAGACCGAACUCGAUGUCCUCAUGCUCGGCUGCAUGUUCCCAAAAUACACCUCCGUGACGGCCAAGAAGUCGCUCAAGUUUGUGCCUCUACUGGGCUGGUUCAUGGCGCUCUCCAAAACCGUCUUCAUCGACCGCGCAAACCGCACCUCAUCUCGCGCUGCAUUCGACACGGCUGCUCACACGAUGAAAACAACACGCCAAAACGUCUUCAUCUUCCCUGAAGGCACGCGAUCAUAUGCCUCAAAACCUGAUCUCUUACCCUUCAAGAAAGGCGCGUUCCAUCUUGCAGUACAAGCACAAGUUCCCAUUGUGCCCGUCGUCUGUGGUAACUACUACCACGUUCUGGACGUCAAGGGCAAGAGAUUUUCCCCAGGUGUGGUGGAUGUUACCGUCUUGCCGCCAAUACAAACGAAGGGUUUGACGGCAGAGCACGUAGAUGGCCUGGUCAAGAAGACAAGAGAUGCCAUGAUGGACGAGCUGAUUCGAUUGAGUCACGUCUCAGGAGCUGGUUCAGGUAUCAACUUUUCUUUUGCAGCUCUGCUUCUCAGCCAUGGCUGCUCUGUCCUCAUUGCCGAUCUUUCACUUCGACCCGAAGCGGAGAAGUUGGUUCAAGAAUACAGUACCAAAGAACAGGAUAAACCACGAGCUGUCUUUCAGAAGACCGAUGUGACGGACUGGCCGCAGUUGAAGCGCAUGUUUGAGGUCGGCGUCCAAGAGUUCGGAAAGAUCGAUAUCGUGUGUCCGGGGGCAGGUGUCUACGAGCCCCAUUGGAGUAAUUUCUGGCAUCCUCCAGGCGUUACCGGCAGCGCAAGUAGAGACCAGGUCGGCGGAGGACGAUAUGCAAGUAUUGACAUCAAUAUUACCCACCCGAUCCGUACGACGCAGCUCGCCAUCUCACACUUUCUUAACCCACCUCCCGGCGUAGAGAAAGUGAGUGCGCAAAAUCCAAAGAGAGUCGUCAUCAUCUCCAGCAUUGCCGGCCAAAAUCCCAAUUUGCAUGCGCCCAUCUACACGGCCGCUAAGCACGCCAUGAACGGCUUUGUACGCUCCUUAGGAACGCUCGAGGCAGAGAUGGGAAUUCGCGUCAACGGCGUGGCACCUGGUGUCAUCAAAACACCCCUGUGGACAGAACAUCCAGAGAAAAUGACGUUUAUCGAUGAGACCAAGGACGCGUGGGCAACGCCCGAGGAAGUGGCCGAAGCCAUGUUAAGAUUGUUGGAAGAAACUGAGCUGGGCGGAGGCAAGAUCCUUGAGGUAGGCGCAAAGCAGACGAGGCUAGUAGAGGCAUUCAAUGAUCCGGGACCGAGUGGAGCAGGGCAUACAGUUAGCAAUCUUCAGGAGCAGUAUAGCGAGGUGUACGGGUGGCUGCAGCAAGAUGGAUGGGGUGGGGGGAUUGGCAAGUCGAAGUUACACUUGCAUUCCUCUUUACAUUCCCCAUCCACACACAUAUACCCACCCACAAUGCCUAGCUCCCUCGACCAACUCAAGGCCUCUGGCACCACCGUCGUCGCCGACUCUGGUGACUUCGCUACCAUCAAGAAGUACCAGCCCCAGGAUGCGACCACCAACCCCUCGUUGAUUCUCGCCGCGUCUAAGAAGCCCGAGUACGAGAAGCUCAUCGACGCGGCCGUCGCAUACGGCAAGAAGAACGGCACAGACCUCGAGAACCAGGUCGACACCACACUUGACAACCUGCUGGUACAGUUUGGCAAGGAGAUCCUCCAGAUUGUCCCCGGCAAGGUCUCAACAGAAGUUGAUGCGCGCUUCUCUUUCUCCACAGAGCAGUCUGUAAACAAGGCGCUGCACAUCAUCGAUCUUUACAAGGAGAUUGGCAUCGACAAGGAGCGUGUCCUCAUCAAGCUCGCAUCCACAUGGGAGGGUAUCAAGGCUGCUGAGAUCCUGCAGUCCAAGCACGGCGUCAACUGCAACUUGACCCUCAUGUUCUCACAGGUCCAGGCCAUUGCCGCCGCCGAGGCCGGUGCCUACCUCAUCUCUCCCUUCGUUGGCCGUAUCCUUGACUGGUACAAGGCCGCACACAAGAAGGAGUACACAAAGGAGGAGGACCCCGGUGUCAAGUCCGUCGUGCAAAUCUUCAACUACUACAAGAAGCACGGCUACAAGACCAUUGUCAUGGGCGCAUCUUUCCGUAGCGUCGGUGAGGUCACCGAGCUUGCUGGUUGCGACUACCUGACCAUCGCUCCCAACCUACUUGAGGAGCUUUACAACUCACAAGACGACGUCCCCAAGAAGCUCGUCGCCGAGGAUGCCAGCAAGCUCGACCUUGAGAAGAAGACCUUCAUCAACGACGAGGCUGAGUUCCGCUUCUACUUCAACGAGGACCAGAUGGCCGUCGAGAAGCUCCGUGAGGGUAUCUCAAAAUUCGCUGCUGAUGCCAUCACCCUCAAGGACAUCCUUCGCAAGAAGAUCCAGGCCGCAUAA